AUGGAGAGGCCGAAGAAGCUUGAUCAUAAACGUCGUAAGAAGAAAGCUACAUCGAGUGAAACAAUUGAAGAGGAGCACGAUGCAGGGAAAGGUCGUGAGCUUGAACGAAUCACCGCAGAGGAGAGACGCAACGAACCUCGACCUGACACUGAGAGAGACUGUCAUGAUGAGGAUGUUGACCGAUAUGAUGGAGAAGGAGAUGGUGGUGAUAACGAAGAGGAUGAGGUUGAAGAAAAUCAAGUAGAAGAGAAUGGAGAAAAUGGAUUAGACGUGGAAGAAGAGAACUGUGAGGACUUAUCACAACAUUUUGGAGAUGUCGCGAGAGAAGAAGAAAAUUUACAUUGGAAAAAUAGUUCUAAACAAGCUCGUGUAGAUGCAAAGGAAUGGAAAGAACCGGAAGAAGCACAGCAACAGCUUCACCAAGGUGAAAACAACGAAAUCGGAAUGUGA